AUGCCUCCGAUCGUCUCGUCCACUCGAGACUUCAUCAGCACAAGUCCUAUCAUUGCCGACGAGCUCAAGAAGACUUACUCGGGCCAUGGGGCCCCCGACGUUCGCGCUUGUCGUGGAGUCUCUUUCAAGGUCAACUCAGGGAUCGUCUACGGCCUGCUAGGCCCCAACGGCGCGGGGAAGAGCACGAUGAUCUCGAUGAUGGUUGGAAUCGAGAAGGCGGACGAGGGCGAUGCCUGGAUCAACUCCAGCUCCGUCACCUUCGACCUUGCAGCUGCUCGAAGGGACAUCGGCCUCUGUCCUCAGUUCGACGCUCUCAUCGACAACUUGACCGGGAGGGAGCAUCUUAUCAUGUUCGCAAUGAUCCGGGGCGUCCCCCCCCGGCUCAUGAGCACGGUGGUGGAGGGAGCGAUCAAGGACAUGAAGCUCGAGCAGAAAGCUGGCGCCCUCACCAAGACCUACUCGGGGGGGAACAAGAGGAAGCUGAGUGUCGCCAUCAGCCACGUCGCGAACCCCAAGUGCGUCUUCAUGGAUGAGCCGAGCACUGGAAUGGAUCCAGAAACCCGCCGCCACAUGUGGAACUACAUCUCCAGCAUCGCCAAGAAGCGAGCAGUGGUGCUGACUACACACUCUAUGGAGGAGGCAGAUGCUCUCUGCAGCCAGAUCGGAAUCAUGAUUCAAGGGCAUCUCAGGGCCCAGGGCACUUCCCAGGAGCUCAAGAGCAGAUUCGGCAGCGGAUAUCAAGUUUACGUUCGCUUCCGCAAUGACGAGGUAGCGAGGGACCUGGAGGACGUGCAGAAGAGACUUGGGACGCUGAGUGAGGGGCUGGUAACGGACCAGUCCUCCCCGAAGAUCUUCAGGUUUGCCAUCCCACGGACAGACCUGAGGCUCGGAGACCUGUUCCGGAUGCUGCUCACAAUCAAAGACGACUUUGGAGUGGAAGAUUUCAGGUGA